CCCAGCUCCACAGCAGCAGGCACCUUUCCCUGUGUGGCUCCACUUUGUGACAUCCACUUUGUGUUCCUGCACACAGAUUAUUAAGAGCUUUCACUUCUGGAAUGGGAAUGUACUGUGACUUCAGAAGAGUCAGCCAAAGUAAGCCUAGAUUGGGGCAAUGGAGAAUCUGGAGGUGAAAUGCAACAAAGGAAGACCGAACGGUUCUGGAGAGUGGGCCUGGAACACAAGCACUUUUAAAGUGUCAUUUAUUGGGACACAUCUGCACAAAAAAAUAUAUGAAUAUCUGACAUGAUUUGAUCAGAUCAGUCUGGCCAUACAAAUACCAACCAGGACAUUGGACUUGUGUCAGCAAUAACUUAUUUACUUUGAAAGGCAAACUGACUAUUGUGUUGGUUUAUAAUUUAAGAUGCAAUGAGCAUGAAACAUAAUGUCAUAUUUUAGAUGUUCUCUAAGUGAGCUGCAAGCCCGAGGAUGUUAUGUUCAAGGAAGAAGAAAUGCAGUCUCAAGCACAGCACAACUAUCGCGGUCCCUUCUAUGAAAGGCCAUGGCUACCUGGAUUACACUAUUGAAAACCAUUCUUCAAAAGCUUUCGAAAAAAUGGAUGAGCUUCGAAAAAAUAAUCAGCUGUGUGAUGUCCUCAUAAAAGUUAUUUAUAAUGGGCACGAAGAACACUUCCCAGUACAUAAGAUUGUGCUGGCAUCUUGCAGUCCCUUUUUCCGGGCUAUGUUUACCAAUAACUUCCGUGAGUGCUAUGCCAAGGAAGUCACCAUUAAGGACAUAUGCCCCAUAGUAAUGCAGAGACUAAUAGAUUUUGCCUAUACGUCGAGGAUAACCGUUGGAGAAAAGUGCGUCUUGCAUGUGCUCUUAGCUGCCAUGAGAUACCAGAUGGAGGAUGUGGCGAAGGCUUGCAGUGACUUUCUGAUGAAACACCUUGAGCCCAGCAAUGUCAUAGGAAUCUCCAACUUUGCAGAGCAAAUAGGAUGCACAGAGCUGCAUAAAAAUGGAAGGGAAUACAUCAAUAUGCACUUCAGCGAGGUUACAAAGGAGGAGGAAUUUUUAAAUCUUUCUCAUUGUGAACUAUUGGACUUGGUAAGUCAAGAAAGCUUGAAUGUCCUCUGUGAGACAGAAGUGUACAAUGCUUGUGUGAGAUGGAUGCAGUGGGAUUUGAACAACAGAGCUCAGUAUUUUUAUGUGCUGCUAAAUGCAGUUCAUCUUUACGCUCUUCCACCCAAGUUCCUGGCCGUUCAACUAAAGCAAUGUCCCAUUCUAAAUAAGGAGAACUCUUGCAGGAUGUAUCUUUCCAAGAUUUUCCAAGAAAUGUCAUUACACAAGCCUCUCCCACCAACAAAAGUACGGGGCAACCAACUAAUCUAUGUUGCUGGUGGCUACCUUCAUACCUCAUUGAGUUCAAUGGAUGCUUAUAACCCACAGACUGGGGAAUGGAUUAAGCUGGCUGACAUGGUAGAACCAAGGAGUGGUCUUGCAGCAUGUAUUGUCAGUGGGUUGCUCUAUACUGUGGGUGGAAGGAAUCAUUCCUCAACAGACAAUACAGACUCAAAUUCUUUAUCCUGUUUCAAUCCGCUAAAUAAUCAGUGGACAUCAAUAGCACCAAUGAAUGUUCCGAGAAACCGUGUUGGAGUAGCAGUAGUUGAUGGUGCCAUUUAUGCUGUAGGAGGCUCAUCUGGAUCGGAGCACCACAAAAGUGUUGAAAGAUAUGAUCCUGAAAUCAACCAAUGGACAUUUAUAACUCCCAUGCAAGUUGCACGAAUUGGGGCAGGAAUAACGUCAUGUCGUGGCCUUUUAUAUGCAGUUGGCGGAUUUGAUGGAGAAAACCGACUGAGCACUGUAGAAUGUUAUCAUCCAGAAAAUAACCAGUGGUAUUAUGUGGCAUCAAUGAAUACUAUACGAAGUGGUGCAGGAGUUGUGUGUCUGGACAAUUAUUUAUAUGCUGUUGGAGGAUAUGACAGCAGUAAUCAGCUAAACACUGUAGAGCGGUACAACAUAGACCACAAUUACUGGGAGUCUGUGGCACCAAUGAAACACAAAAGGAGUGCGCAUGGCCUGGCUGUGCACCAAGGAAAGAUUUAUGCUCUUGGUGGUUUCAAUGCUGAAGGUUUUCUUUCUUCUGUGGAAUGUUACUGCCCAGAAAGUAACACAUGGAGUGAAGUGGCAGAAAUGCCCAUAGGGUGCAGUGGCAUGGGCGUAGCAGUCACCAUGGAGCCAUGCCCGGACGGACACAAGGACAUUGAAGAGGGUUAAUUGAAGAUGUUUGAAUACACUACUGCUUCUAAAAUCCUACUGGUUGUAAACAGAGCUACUUGA